AUGAUCACCUCCGUUCAGAAACACCCGGCGUGUGAUAAUUGCCGCAGACGCAAAGUCCGGUGCAAUCGCGAGCAGCCUUGCGGAAAAUGCCGAGAAGUGUCUUUGAACUGUCGGUAUACUUCUGUAGCCCGGCGAAAAGGCCCCAAGGGCCGCACAGCACCGGUACUGAGUGCGCUGUUGUCAAGCACCGAGUCUUCCCCGCUAGAAUCAACGCCAACUAACACGAACGAUGCUACUAUUUUCCCCGUGUCCUUCCUUGAAGACCAGCUGUUACCAUCAAUGCCGGAAUAUGGGUCGAUAGACUUGAACACCAUCGGCCUUGCGCGAGAGAUUACAACAUCUCCUGUAGUACAGCAGAGGAUGCCCCCUGUAUUACUACAGGCACACGUCAAGAUCUUCCUCAAACAUCUGUUUCCGAUCAUGCCAGUACUUGAUGCGGAUUCGGUAACUCUGGACUCCUUACAUCCGGAAACACUAUCGUCAAGACGAUAUGCCCUCCUCCUCGCGCUCUGUGCGGCUACUCAUCUUCAAUUAAACCUCGACAAAUCUGACGGGAGCCCAUUCGAGGAGGUCUCGCCGUGUGGCCAAAGUCUCAUCGAUCAAGCCCUACGAUCCCUCCAAGAAUUUGACCCCCUUGAUGUACCUCACGUUGACUCGGUGCUAACCUCCUUUUUUUCUCUUUUCGGCCUACGGCAACCUCGACAAGCAUCACCAUGCAUGGCAUUAUCUGAGCCAAAAGCGUAUGCCUUACAACGUAAAAUGCCAAUCACGCUCAGGCGGUCCAUCCAGAAGCCGUCCGUCUUCACGUCCGACACCCCAGCGCUGGCUUACGGAUUCGUCAAUUUAAUAUCUGUCUUCGAGGAGAUACCCGCCAGCCUUUACGAUUGGAACAUUUCUGCCGCCGGCUCUAACAAUGACACCGCGGCGCUCGCCGCUGUUUAUCAUUCCAUCGCCCUUCCAACCCCAUUGCUCUCCGAAUAUAACGAGACGCAGAAAGUAGACCUGAUGGUAACGCGACAAUGGCUUCAGAUACGCCUGUGGAGCAUCUUCAACGAUCGGCUCACCAAGGGUUGCGAUGAGGUGGCCGUCGUUCCGCUAGAUCUUCCAGCAACGGCGGCAAGGUCUGUGAUGGCUCUCAUGUCGACCGUGUCUCGAAAGUCCACCAACGCCCAUGGCAUAGGUAUUGAACAAAAGUUGUAUGACAUUGGAGAGGCAGUCUGCGUGCUGGCACAAAAAUUACUUCCCAAUACUACUGAGAACGGCGGAAAACUAUACAUAGAUGCCCAAAACGUCUUGUGCGGUCUACUUGACAGACUUUCGGAUAUUCGUGGAUCACAGUCGCACCUCUUGGCUCCCCUUCUACGAAAAUCCCACGAUAUCUUUGGUCUUGGGUCACUCCCGCCCCACUUGAGCUUCCAUUCUCACUUGGUUCCUGAUCUAACUGCCAAAGCUAGUUGUUGGGAAAUCGGCCCUGAAGAUGAUGACUCGCUGCGACAUUACACAGCAGCCUGA